GUUAUCGAGACCUGCUGCCUGAAAUCAGAGCCAUCUGCAUUGAGGAGUUGGGGGUUUGGCUGAAGGAAGACCCGGAGGACUUUCUGAACGAUGGAUGUCUGAAGUAUUUGGGUUGGACCCUCUUUGAUAAGCAAAGUGCGGUGCGUCUGCAGUGUGUGCGCGCCCUGCAGGGUCUGUACAAGGAGGAGGAGUUCAUUGGCCGCCUGGAGCUUUUUACCAGCAGAUUCAAAGAGAGGAUGCUGUCCAUGGUGCUGGACAAAGACCCAGGCGUGGCUGUGGAAGCAGUCAAUCUGCUGCUACUGAUCCAACAAAUGACUGAGGAAGGCCUAAGUGAGGAUGAGUGUGGUCGCAUCUAUCCCCUAGUUUACGCUGCUCAUCGGGGCCUCGCUACCGCUGGGGGGGCUUUCCUCUACAACAAGUUUCAAGGCCUCAUAUCCAAAGAGAACGAAGAAAACAACAAUAACAACAAAGCUGUCUUUUUUCACCUCCUCAUUUCCUUCUACACCCAGAACGAGUUCCAUGAGCACGGAGCGUACCUGGUGGACAGCCUGUGGAGAGUGGCAGCGUCCGAGCUGAGGGACUGGGAAACUAUGAGCACGCUGCUGCUGCAGGAUGCUGGUCUGCAGUAUGAGGAGGAGGGGGUGCUCUUAGAGAUCAUGAUGUGUGCAGUCAGACAGGCAGCGCAGGGAACCCCACCUGUAGGGAGAAGUCAAGCUAGAAAGAUCUUGAGUAUGAAAGAUAAGAAGAUCCAAGAGCAGGACAGGAGUCGCAUCACAUCACACUUCAUCCCCAUCCUGCCACAGCUGCUCGCCAAGUACUCGGCAGAUGCUAAAAAGGUCAGCCUCCUUCUCAAAGCACCUCUUUACUUUGAUCUGGAGAUGUACAGCAGCACUCAGUGGCUGAAAAAGUAUCUAGACCUGCUGCUGUCCCAGGUCUGUGUCAUUGUGGAGAAGCACACCGACCUCACCGUGCUGCAGGCCUGUGCCCUGCUGGCCAACACCAUGUGCUCAGAGAAGUACACCUUCUCCUCCCGGCCCCGUCUGGUUUUCAGCCAGCUUAUGGAUGAGCUGGUGGAAUGUUUCAACUCACAUUUGCCGGAAAUUCUGCAGGGGGGAGCAGAUGAAGAGGACACGUACACUGCAGCCACGGCCUUGAAGAAGAUUGCUGUUUUUAGCAGUGCCAGGGACCCGACCGGCUGGAAGCUGUUUGACUCCUGUCUCCAGCUGCUGAAUACUUGCAUGGAGUCUCUGGAUCUCCACACAGAGCUGAUGGCGUCGGCUCUGAAGUGUGCCGGCUUUCACCUGAUGUGGGCCAGAGUCAACGUGGACAAGUCCAAACCAAAAGCGGCAGAAGUUAAGCAUCUGAAAAAAGACGUGCGCCGGUUCUGUAAAAUCUGUCAGACGUGUUUGUGUGUGGACAAGAUGGAGAUCAGAGAUGAGGCAUUCCAGCUGCUGUGUGACCUGCUGCUGUUGUACAGCGAGGGUUCCGUUCAAUCAGAACCGGCGCUCCGAACGCUGGUCCACCUCCCGUCUGUCCCUCUGUGCUCCGAGCUGACGUCAUUCCUGCUCGACCACAUCUUCACUGACGAGGAACAGGGCGAGCUCUGCGAUGAACGUGAGGAAGAGAUGAAGAUGACUCUUUUUCAGAAGAGGCGCAGGCAGCUCGCCGGCUACUGUAAGCUGAUUCUGUACGGAGUCCUGGACCUGUCUGCUGCCACCAACGUCUUCAAGCACUACAGCAAGUUUUUCAAAGACUUUGGUGACAUCAUCAAAGAGACGGUGAGCAAAAGCAAGCUCAUCAACCCCGUGCAGAGCGCCAAGACGGUCUGCCUGUGCCUGCAGCAGAUGUUCUCAGAGAUGCUCAUAGAUGACCCCAGCCAGCAGGAUCUCACUGAGAUCAGAGACUUGGCAAAGAAGCUGGCCAUGACCUUCGGCAUCGACCUCCACCGCAUCCGUAAACCGUUGGUCGCCCUGCACCUGGACGGUAUAAAGUUUGCGUGUAGAGUCCCACAGGAUGGGGGCGAGCAGCUUCCAAAUGCAGACUUCUUGGAAGUCCUCAGUGAAUUCAGUUUCAAGCUGCUUCAACAGGAUCGGAUUGUCAUAUCUGAGUUUCUGAAGUCUGAGUGUCCCAGUGCUGCCCUCUCUUGGCCGUCAGUCAAACAUUAUCAGUGUUCUCUGGAGUCCCGCUCCGCUGCCAGGCUUAAAGAGCAGGAAGUGGCUGGCGGUUCUGUUUCCAGACAUGAAAGCCCUCAGCCCAAACGCAGGAGGACCGCUGCUGAGGAUUCAACAUCCAGCUCAACCAAAGGGGCGUGGUUGGAGAGUAGCAGCAUCCACAGCCGUAUGCACACUCCUGUGCUCACCUCCACGGUGCAGAAACGGGCAGCGCAUCCGCAGCUACCAUCACCACCGCCAUCCACACAGGACAGAGCAUCAGAGUCUGACGCUGCCAGUGGAUUGGCUGAGCUGGAGUCAGAAGACGAGUUCUCCUCGGGGAUGCUGAUGCGAAAAGUGAUUCCCACGAAACAGGGUCGUCUGGUUCCUGCCCAGACUGCACCAGCUUGGGAUAAAGAGGACGUGGCAUCCCACCUGACUUUGCUUUCUCUGAUUGAAGAAGACACCUCAGAGAGAGAAGAAGGCGAAGAUGAACCUGAGAUUGAAGAUUCUGAUGAUGAAUCACAGUCUUCUUACACACUGCCUUCCACGAGGCACACCUCAGUCAGUGUCCUUGAUGAGCUCUUUGACUGAGAUCAUCCUCCUGCCAGAUCUUCAGGAGUGGGAAGCACUUAACAAAAACCUUCAUUUACUAUUGAAAACUACACAUCCAGUUCAUGUUUAAAGUGUGUUGCAUUUUGUCGUUGUUCAUAGAAAAUUAUCUUUGUUAUAUAAAAGUUGAAAUGUUUAUUUCAUAUUUUUUAAUUGGAAAAAAUGUUUAAAUACGGUUGUUUCCUAUAAACUGAAAGUGCAAAUAAUUCUCUAUAUUUUGCACUGUUGUUGCCAACA